CAUCACUCCCGCGAUCCUUGUGAGGAUAAGAGACGCGUUACAUUUGAGCCUCAGCGGCCGCCGUAGCCCUCCAGGAAGUGCUCUAUUUAUUCCGCAGAAGACUCACGGCGCGCUUUUUAUUUUAUUUUGUUUAGAUCUACAAAUGUACAGUUUGGGAGGGGAAAGUGGGGGACAUGGACGCCCAGCAGCAUUUCCGAGAUGAGUUUAAUGUGCAGAACGAAGCGGAGGCCAAAUGGUUAGAAGGGCUACUCCCCUUCGUCAGAGAGUACGUGUGGCCACUGAUGUCUGGCCCCGGCCCCCGCGGUCAGACAGCGGACGAUGGUGCGUCUCAGCUGAGCGCGAGUGUGCUCAAGAGGAUACGAGGGAAGAUGUCCGGCACACGCACGCUGCCCCUCAGCUACAGCAGGCCGGUGUGCGUCUCCGAGCUUCUGGCUCACCAGCGGCUGCCGUGCGUCAGUGACCUGUCGCGGAGCACCGAUCAGGAGCGGGCGGGGACGCCGGCGGGGCGACGGGCACCGCCCCGGGCGCACCUCCUGCUGAUCGGCCGCCUGACGCACGGCCGUGAGGGAGAGUGGACGCUGACGGACGCCAGCGGGAGCGUCGCGUGCGAGGUUGUGUCCCCCUCGCCUCUGUGGAUGGGCCGUCUGGUUUUCCUGCCCCACUGGCACUACGUCCCCCACAGUGCCCCUGGGCGAGCGCAGCCGGAAGUGGGAGGCUUCACGGAGGUGAUCGGUUCUCCAGUUCUGCUGUGUCCUGGUUCUGUGCAGGGGCUGGCCGGCGAUCCUUUGGCCGUCAAAGAAGCGGCGGCCUUCGUCCACGACAGGGUGCCAGGACGGCGUCUGUCCGUCUGCGGCCAGGUGGCAUCGGUCUGCCCCCUGCUGGUCAUCUCGGGAACCGCCUUCUUCUUCUUUACGUUGUCGGACGACACCCGGACACUACCGGUCCUGGUCAAGAACAGCGGCAGCCUGUGGUGGGCACAGUGCAUGUCCGUCGGCGAGAGCGUGCGCGUGACAGCGUUGCGCGUGUGCGUCCUGCAACCGUGGGGAGGGAAAAACGUCCUGUGUGCAACCGAACACUCCGAAAUGCGCAAGACGCACGAUCAGUGCCGCACGCCGGCGCCGGAGACCCUGCCGUCGACCGAGUCGCAGCCCGAGAGACGCGACAGGCUCAAGCGGUCCAGAGUCAUCAAUUACCAGGGAACGGUCACAGAGGUGGUGAGCGGGGGGGCGGGCCUGUACGUGAUGGACGGGAAGCUGGGACUGUGUCUGGCCUAUCAGCCCGACCUCAAGAGGAAGCUGCGAGUCGGCGACUCGGUGGUGCUCCAUCACGUCCACCUCCUGCACCGGCCGUGUCCCGACUCUCCUGCCGGUACGCUUUGCACCUGCUUGCGCUCCACUGUGAGGGUGACAAAGUUCAGCGCGGUCUUGAACUCGCGCUCGGCGCCCGACCGCAACUGCCCCGACGACGGCGUGCUGCAGCGGUUACUGGUGGAGAGGAACCCGGACGUGUCCCGGUACCUGUGGACGUGCCAUCUGUGCUCCCGGCUUCGACGCAGCCUGCUCCCCAGUCCGUCGCCGCAAUGCACGUGCGUGUUGUCCUGGACGCUGAUGGAGGUUGCGUUCGGGCCGGGACAACGCCGCAGGCGGGACAUCUACGCCGAGAUGUUGGAUGAGACUCACAAUUGUCCGCUGACUCUGGCUGCGGCACUUCCCGCGACCCUCUACGUCAGUGACUCAGAGCAGCAUCAGUACAUCAGCCUGUCAGAACUCCACAAAUCCCUCCAGGAGGAUUGUUGGGCAGACACGUCUCUCCGCUCACUACUCCCGCCCGGUGGAGGCGCUCUGACCCGAGCGGAGAUGAACGCCGCCCUGGCCUGGUCGAGUAAGACGUUGACGUCGGUCUCCGGGCUCCAGCCGGGAGACUCGCCCGGGCGGCGCCCCCUGAUGCUCGUGGGCGUGCUGGAGCUGCCGUCGCGCGCCUCCCCUCAUACGCUGCAGCUGAGAGACCGCGCGGGAGCCAUCGCUUGCGUCGUCACGGAAACCGACCGGGAAGCGGCGGGAGGCCAUCGAGCGGCCUUCGAUACGGCGUGGAUCGGUUGUCUCGUGUGUAUCCUGCAGUUCACGAUGGUAAUGGAGCGAUUCCUCCAAUCAAAUUUCCCGUCCUACCGACACUUGGAUCAGCACAAGUUCAUCACACAUAAGCACUGCAGAGUCUACCUCCAGUUCUCCCAGAAGAGCAUACACAUUUUGAGUCCGUCCGGUGCCAUGGAGACCCACCUGCGUCACAAAGAGGCGGAGUCAGGGGCAGAGGAGAAGGAAGCUACGGCGAGGAAGAGAAGACGAGAGGACGGGGACCCGGAGCCUUCGUCUUCCUCGGGUACCGCGACCGGCUGCGUCUCGCUGGUCCUCAGGGUGGAGCAGAAGAACGGCGUGACGUGGCAGGAGGACGAGGAGGCGUCUUUCUCCGUCGCAGCGGCCGCCAUGGGGCCGGUGGCCAUCUGGGGGCGGGACCCCGAGAACGGCCAGUUGAAAGACUUUGAGGGAGGCAGCGAAAAAAAGGUGACCGUGGUGUGUUCGGGUGCGUCGGCGCGAUGGUUUCCCCUCCUGCAGCCCGGAUGCUUCUACAGACUGGUGGCGAGCGGCACGAGCGACGGCAGCGCUCUGGAGGGGGCCUCGGGUCCUCGGGGGAGUCGGGACGUCACGCUGCGAGUGCGCCCGGACUGGGCCUUCCACACGCUGACGCGGCCCCUCCACCUCGCGCGGGGCUUGCGGGCGGCGCCGCUCACCGUGUCGGAAGUCCUGGACGGCAGCGGAGAUGUAGUGAGUUUUCAAGGUUCCGUCUCGGACCGGAUCAACCUGAACGACAGGACGAGGGACGCUGGACACGUUAACGUCGGUGUGCGUCUCACGGUGUGCGAUCGGAGCGGGAGGAGCCUCCACGUCUUCUUGAACUUCAACCGGAAGACGUACCCGCCAGGCCUGUUGCCGGGCAACACACUGCUGUUGUCCGCCUUCCGCAGGAGGGUGUCCAGGUCAGGACGCGUGUAUUGCAGUAACAUCGCCGUAAGCUGGGUGGCGGUGAUGCGGGUUCGGGACGAAAGCAGGUCAGAGGAGCCCCCGCCUGCUCCCGUCAUGCACCUGGCCCGGUGGACGCAGGACGGCUGCACCGUGGGCCGAGUCAAAGGUCACGUGGUGCGUUUCCUCUUCAUGCAGCUGUGGUGGAAGUGCUUUGAGUGUGGGAGCGUGUACACGCAGUCAGCUUGCAGUCGUCGGUGUCUCUCGUCCUCAGCGGUCUUUGACUGCACCGCCAAGUUGGUCCUGGAGGACGGCACAGGCGAGGCCCACGUGCACUUUGCGGGGGCGCUCGUCCGCCAGCUGCUGGCCCUGAGCUCUCCCCAGUGGGAGGGGCUUCAAAGAGCACUGAAGGCCAGAGGCCAGAUCCAAGUGUACCCUCUGGGGCGGAGCCAGGCGUGCGACGACGGGCUCCUUGACUUCCUGUUGGCGUGCGUGCACGGCGUCAACGAGUUGUUUCUCACCUGCAGCAUAGAAAGCCGGACCAAAGAAGGUGAGGCACGCACACAAAAAAAAAAAAAACAAACAACAGACAUGGACGUAAACACGCUCACCAACACAGAUGGACAGAUACACACGGAGAAGGAAGCAAACACAAUCGAUCAAUGUGUUGCCAAAGUGAUCAGCUCGGUUGUUUGUUUCAGAGGUCAAAAGCAGCUGACGUAA